UCCAGAUGUGACCAAAAUUGACUUCAAAAUCCACUUAACUAAAUACAGUUGAAAAUAAGAGCCAACAAAACUUAAAACUUAAAAAGUGAAAGUGUACAAAAAAGUUAGCGAAAAAUAGCAGCGCACACAUCCCCAAAUAAAGUAUAUCCCUAAAAAAUGCGUGAAUAUCGUAGGCGUAUACGCAACCUCAAUUUUGGAAUACAUCUAAUUCGCGCGCGUCGCAUUUGUGCAGCGUACAUUGGCGAAACCUAAGCCAACAAGCGAAAAAACCAACAACAACAAGGGCGCGCAUAAAAUUAACAGUAAAGUGCAUAAAACGGUGCCAAUUGGUGAAGUAGCGCGCCGUGACAAUUGCCGACGCCGUCGGUUGAACACACCAACCAACGCCAGCGGCAGGAUGUCGUCGCAGACGAGCGCUUGCAACGGCUUCUUCCAAGAGCAUGCGAACAGCGCGUUGAAUCAGUACUUCCAGCAGUUGAACUCGAAUGCGGCCGCCGCAGCUGCAGCGGGCAUGAACAGCAGCAACAAUAGUGACAGCAGCGCCAAUGAGGGCAGCGGCAGCGUGACCAGUUCAUCGCUGGAUGGCAACCGCAGUAGCGCCAGCAGCAUUGAUUCAACGAAAUCGGUGAAUAGCAACGGCAGUGGCAGCGCAAAUGUGCAGUGGAAUAGUAUACAACAGCAGCAGCAGCAACAGCAGCAGCAGCAACAGGCGCAGCACCAGCAUCAGCAACAGAAUCAACAUCAGCAGCAGCAACAGCAACAACAGCAGCCGCAGCAUAUGCACCAUUCCCAGCAACCACAGCAACAGCAGCAGCAGCAGCAGCAGCACAGCUCACAUCAGCAGCAACAACAGGCGCAACAGCAGCAGCAGCAACCGCAACCACAACAACAUAAUCAUCAUCAGCAACAACAACAACAACAACAGCAUCAUCAUCAGCAGCAGCAGCAACAGCAUCCGCAGUCGCAUCACCAGCACCAUCAGCAACAGCAGCAGCAGCAACAACAACAACAACAACCACAACACACUCAUCAACAACAGCAUCACCAACAGCAACAUUCGCAUGCCGUCGCCCAUAACCAACUGUCGGCGCUAAGUCAAACACUGGCCGCAGCUGCCGCUUCGAAUGUCUCCGCCAACACAAAUCCGCACUCCAUUUUCGGCACCGGCAAUUUCCACUAUAAAACAAACAAUUCCUGGACAAUACCGACACUCUCCUGCUACCAACGCCUCUACAGCGAGAACCAACAACACUAUCAUCGACAGUUCGCCGGCAGUGGCGGUGGCAAUGGCGGCUCCGGUGGCGGCACUGGAGCAGGCGGUAAUGGCGCUGACACCCCGGUGAUUGGCAGUAAUGCCGGCGGUGGUGGCAAUGCUGGGGGCAGCUGCAAUGUGGGCGUAAGUGCGAAUGCCGCUGCAGCAGCCACAGCCGCCUCAGUGCAACAUGUUGCCAACGCUGUAGCAGCAGCCGUGAUGGCCAACGAGCAGCAUCAGAGUCACUUGAACAGCUUGAAGGCGCGCUUCCAAGCGCCCGGCGGCAGGAAAUCUCCAUUUUUGGGGUUCAUUUGCAAAACAAACGGAAAAUCCUCAUCGAAUAGCAAAGAAGUUAUAUGCGGCGAUGACAAAUACAAAGAGGAGGGUGAUCUCUGGAAUGUGGAGGCCCAAACCGCAUUCCUCGGACCGAAUUUGUGGGAUAAAACUCUGCCGUACGAUGCCGAUCUUAAGGUAACACAAUACGCAGAUUUGGAUGAAUUUUUAUCGGAGAAUAAUAUACCUGAUGGCUUGCCUGGCACCCAUUUGGGACACUCAAGUGGUUUGGGCCACCGAUCAGAUUCGCUGGGGCAUGCAGCUGGACUGGGACUGGGUCUCGGCCAUAUAACGACGAAACGUGAACGUUCCCCAUCGCCAUCGGAUUGUAUAAGUCCGGAAACAUUGAAUCCACCAUCACCGGCCGAGUCAAGUUUCUCCUUUGCGUCAUCGGGGCGAGACUUCGAUCCGCGCACCAGAGCAUUCUCCGAUGAAGAGCUCAAACCACAGCCGAUGAUAAAAAAAUCACGCAAACAGUUUGUGCCCGACGAGCUGAAGGACGACAAAUAUUGGGCACGACGCCGGAAGAAUAACAUUGCCGCCAAGCGAUCCCGUGACGCACGCCGCCAAAAGGAGAAUCAAAUAGCGAUGCGUGCCCGAUACCUGGAAAAGGAAAAUUCGACAUUACAUCAAGAAGUGGAACAGUUGAAGCAGGAAAAUAUGGACUUGCGUGCGCGUCUCUCAAAAUUCCAAGAUGUGUAAUGUUAAGAAGUACCACCCAAUAUACUAAUAUAUAUAUAUAUAUGUAUAUCACCUCCAAAAACCACAACCACCAGUUUAAGAUGCAACCAACCAACCAACCAACCAACCAAGAAACCAACAAGGCAAUUUAUUUUAUGAAAAUUACGAAAAGCAAAUCCACAGUUAUUCAUGAAGGGGCAAAGGAUUGGAAUAUCGGACGCAUACAUACAUACAUACAUCUCUACAUAAUUGGAAGCAGCAAGAUUCUAACUGAAGCUGAUUGGAAACUUGUACUACAUUACUUCACACCAACACACACACACACACACAAACACACAUGCAGAUACACUUUAUAUAUAAACAAAGAAGCAUUGAAGAAUUAUUAGCUGAUUAUUUUACUAAACCAGUAAGCCGAAAUGGGAGCAGGAGAAAUAAUAAUACAACAAAGAAAUUUAAAUUAAAUAAAAUUUUAAAAAUAAUGCAAUAAAGUAGCAUAUGGACGAAUGCAACAACAACUAACACCGUUAAAAAGCAGACAAAUCGUUAAAAGGGCAGAAGCGAAAGAAGCAUAUUAAUUAAAUUUGAAAAUAUUUACGAAAAUUAGUAUCAAAUUUAAAUUGAAGAAUGAGUAAAGUAUUAACAAAAACAUCAAUAGUGCAGACACAAAAU